CGGUAUUUGAUCGUUACGGCUGAGGGCUGUCCGGGUUGUGGCAGGCAGUGGGCAGGAUCUGGAGGGCGGCCUGGACCUUCUGCCUGCCGGUUGCAAAGGCUGCAGCGGGCUGCUGGGCAGGUCUGAGGGAGCCGGUGCUCCAGAGCCAGGGGUCUAUGCGGAGCAGCAAGAGGCCCGCAGACGUGCUGGUGGUGGGGGCUGUGUGGUGCAGGCCGCCUGCAAUGCGGGAAGCUACAGCAGGAGGAGCAUGGAGCAUUUGAGGCAGAGAAGAGCUUUCUGCCCUCUGGGCACAUUUAAAGGCAAUGUUCAGCACUGGGCCGGACGAUUCCCAGCGCCUGAGAGGGCAGCUGCGAUUAGCCACUGGCAGCCUGCAGUGAGCAAACCCGAGAGCCAUUGGCUGGUGGGCAUUGCCCUGAGCCUGGGGUGAGCUCUGCAUGGCAAGUGCCCUGUCUCGUUGGGAGGAGCGGUCACGUAGCCCCAGCGGAGGUGCCAGAGGAAAGCAGACUUCUAACAACAGGACAAAAUGUUUGCAGCGCUUGUGAAUGUUUAGCUUGCACCAAUCCUCUUGCACGAGUGUCUUCAACGAAAUAACAUACAAGUAAAAGAAGCACGAAAUGGGAAUGAUGGGGAAGCACAUUCAUGUACACAAUUUGCUGUGAGUUGUGUCUGGGUUUGAACGUGCAGGCUUACAGCUCUGCCGUGCUUUUAGACCAUGGGCUUGUUGCUUUAACUCGUAGCAUGAUUCUUCUCGCUGCUCUGGGAUUUGCUCUGCUGCAGACUUAGACUCUUGUGCAUCAUCUCACAAGCAAUGUACCUGUUUUAAGACACUUGGGUAAUAUAUGUCCAUAUUGUGUAUCAGAAGGCAGCAGCCCUCUGAGUUUUUCCUUCACUCACGAAGUAAAUAUUUUCCCUCUGUGAGUCCUUCUCAGAGUGUCCCCGGCUGCUUCCCACAGUCUACAUUACCUUCUGCCCAUUUUACUCCCUUUGUUGACUUUCCUGUUGUUUCUUUAGUUAGCACAAAUAUCUACUGCUCUCUUGAAUUUGUUGUCAAAGACUGAGAAUCCUUUAAAGAAAGUGGGAUUUCCCCCCUGAAAACCAUUAACUACAGAGAGUGUAUGUGUAUUUCCCCAGUAUAAGGAACCCACUAUCUAUGCUAGCAAAACAGCUCAAUAUGUUUAUGCAAAUUUCAUUUUGUUCUUGUUUCUCUCCUUUUCUGAUUCACUCUGUGAACUGACAUGAUCUUGGAUGGGGGAUUCGCAAUCAGUUUUGCUGCCAAAAAAAAAAAAAAUUCAACAAACUGGCAAGUGUUCAUAUUUCAGUCCUGAAGUUACGUAGGUUAAAGUCUCCUGGUGCAGACAACAGAAUGUAUCGGAAAGAAAGCAGAGAGCUGGAGAUGUUGCCUGCUAGAAGGAAAGUGGAAUAAGGGACCACGUUAUUCUAUAUCUAUCUCCAGCUUGAGUUCUGACACUUUUAAGGGGAACAAUGUGGUGAUAAAGGUGGUGACAAAUGCUAGCACAAGCAUUUCCAGCAGUGACUAUCUCCUCGCCAAUACCCAAGAUGUACAGUAAUUACUCCAGGCUCAACACUACGGAAGAAACACUUCAAGAUGUACAUUACUCUGCUACAAACGUAUCGACUGAGCAGAUGUCUCCCUCCUCCUGUCCACUUCUAUAUUCAGAUUAUCAAUUUACACUGAUUCCGGUGCUCUACUGCGUUAUCUUUAUCCUUGGACUUGCUGGCAACAGCGUGGUGGUCGUGGUACUCUGUCGCCACCACGGCCCUAAAACAGUUGCUAAUAUUUACAUUUUCAAUCUGGCCAUGGCCGAUUUGUUGUGCCUAGCCACACUCCCCCUUUGGUCAGCCUAUUAUGCCUAUGGAUACAACUGGCUUUUUGGAUCUGUGAUGUGCAAAAUUUCAAGUUCCGUUCUGUCUCUGAACAUGUUUGCAAGUAUAUUUUUCAUCACCUGCAUGAGCAUGGACCGGUACCGAGCUAUUGUCUAUCCUAUUCGGUCGCAAAGGAGAACACUGCAGCAAGCGUCGUUGAUAGCAUUACUUGUUUGGGGCCUAGCUUGUUUGUCUUCCCUGCCAACGUUUUAUUUCCGUGACAUGUACUUCAUUGAAAGCUUGGGGGUGAAUGCUUGCAUUAUGGCUUUUCCCUAUGAGAAGUAUGCAAAGUGGUCUGCUGGAACAGCCUUAAUGAAAAACACUCUUGGCUUUUUGAUUCCUUUAAUUGUCAUAGCCACAUGCUACGUGUGGAUCUGGAUGCAUUUAAUGAAAGCACAGGAAUUUAGGAAAAACAAACAAAAAAGAGACAAAGUCUUGAAGCUGGUGGCUGCAGUUGUUGUGGCUUUCUUAAUUUGCUGGCUUCCAUUCCACAUUUUAACCUUUUUGGAUGCCCUGGCUCGGAUGAACAUCAUUAAUAACUGUGACAUUAUAACAGCCAUUGACACUACUUUGCCUUUUGGCAUCUGCCUGGGAUUUGCAAACAGCUGCAUCAACCCUUUGUUGUACUGUUUCAUUGGACACCAGUUCCAAGAGAAGCUCCAACAUCUCUUUAAGCUGCGAGUCUAUCAGUUUAACAGCACCAGACAAAGCUCUUCUUCAAGAAAAGGGAGUUGCCUUAAAGAGGCUGAGACCCCUGGAAACUGUGACAAAGAAAGAUUGAACUGUAAACCAACACUGUAGGUAGCAAACAGGGUUUCUUUGGGGCAUCUGGGCGCUCUGAAUGCCACAACACUGUCCUCUUUUUUCCCUCCAUUUUCCAGAUUUUCUGGUACAAAAUGUUCAAAGGAGAAUUUAUUUUAAUGUACCGAGUCAUCUACUUUACCUGCCUUUUGGCAAAGAGCAAUGACUGCAGAAUUUUUACGUAAGGUGUAAUGUCUAUAAAAUCAACCUAUACAUGACGAUUUAAAACAUAAGAUUGUAUGUAGCUGGGGGCACAUGAAUGCUGUUUAAUACGACAUAGGAAAGGGUAACCAAAAUAAUGCUAAUAAAAGACUGUGCAAUAGAGAAAACUGUGACUAUCACACCCCCUCAUUAAAAUCUCUUCCGGAAGGAAAUAGUUUGGCAUGACAAAAACCUGUCAAUCAUGCUGUAAAAUAAGUAAAAUACAGAUAUUACUGUACCUGUUGGUAAGAAAAGAUUUUGUUCUGUAUUUCAUUUAGUGAAAGUAUUUGAUGAAGAGAUCAGAUUAUUCAUGCGUUCUGAAAGAACCCUCCCUGCAACAUUGUGA